AAUCGAUAUUAUACGCCGCGUAGGCUGUGCAGACAUUUUGUUUGUGAUCGCGAUAAAUCGACAGUAACAACAGGAGCUAUACACAUGGCGUGAGUAAGACCUUAUAUAUGUAGUACAAUAUGAACACCAACACAACGAUGGAAGCGGAACGAUAUGAGUAUAUGCAAGAGUAUACACAGAUAUACGAUUUUCCUGGCAAGUCUAAAAGCACUGUUUGGAAAGACUUUGGAUUUUACAAAUCACCCGAUACUGGGUGUUUAGACAAAUCGAGUGCUGUGUGUAAAAUUUGCUGUGCUCUCGUUAAAUACUGUGGCAAUACAACCAAUCUUCAUACGCAUCUCGCCAAACAUCGGCCAAAACAGUACAGUAGGACCAUCAAGUACGAUGACGUUGUUAUGUCUAUCGACGAAGCUAACUUUACAAGUAAUCGUGACGGGAGUAUAGGGUCUUCUCGGAGUCCCCCGAACUCAGAGACCAUCACUGCGACAGUCACGUGCGGGUCUCCGCCGGGGACGUUCCCGACGGUACAGACUAUGUUGAUGAACAGCAACCAUGCCCAAUCACUCAACAAUUCACUAACCGAGUACCUGAUCUCAAACCUACUUCCACCAAGUAUGGUAGACAACACGGCCUUCCGGAAUAUGAUGAGAGUAGCCGAUCAAGGUUACAAUAUGCCGCCCAGUCAGUACUUCGCGGAAUCACUUAUUCCACACUGUUACAGCGAAACGAAGCAAAACAUUCAAGGUCUUUUGACAAGUACUGAAAACGUCACCAUAUCGACAGAUAUAUGGACAUCGAACCUUACAGAUACCGAGUUCGUAACACUAGUUGUGCACAUGAUCGAUUGUAACUGGGAACCCCACUCCUUCACACUGUUUACAUUGGAAAUGGAUGAGGACUCGAACCGGAUGUCCUCAUCUCUACAAACUAUGCUGCAGCAAUGGAGAGUCCCAGCUGUACCAAUUAUGGUAACCAAUAGUGAUGCUAGGGUAAAAUCCGCGACCGAUAUUCUUGGCAUUCGGAAUAUUUCCUGUCUUGGCAAUGCCAUCAGCAUGGCAGCAAAUGAUGUUUUAACGUCGACAGGAGUGCCAAGUAUCAUUGAAAACUGCCGAAACUUUAUCAAAUCAUUAAAUCGGAACGGAAAAGACAAAACGAAAUUUAGAAAAAUGCAACCGGAAAUGGAUGAUAUCGAACUCAACAUAACCGGGAAGUGGACUACCACAUUUGACAUGUUGAUGAAAAUAUGCAAGAAAAACGAAGCAAUACAGUCUAUCAAACAGAGUGACAAUUUCACCACAGACACGAAAUCACAUGCCCUCGAUCUGGAAACGGUAGAAAAAACAAAAACAAUCAAAAAUGUUUUAAGGCCACUUAGAACAGCUGCCAAACUUCUUUCUGAUCAGGGUCCGUCGACUGCCUCCAUGAUACUUCCGGUACUGCGCAAACUUCAGUUGACUUUAGCUGUGAAAGACGAAGAUCAGGACUACAGUACUCAGUUGAAGAGGAGGAUACUAGAUUUUCUCUCGAACUUGUAUCAAGAUUCUAAUGUUAGAGAAUGCUUGUUGGUCAGUUCUAUCCUUGAUCCUCGAUAUAAAGAUUUGAACUUUGUUGAUUCCACCGAACGCAAACAAGGCAAAGCGGAGCUUGCCGACGAAGCCACUGUGCUGUACCGGAAAAGCAAGGGUGAAGAGCACGUUGAUCUGACAAUAUGCAACAUCAAACAGGAACCGGGCUUGGAGGUAAGUCCUUCCUCUUCUUCGCUCAAGGAAUCGGUACCUGCAAAACGACCUCGUAUCGAACAGGAUGUCGGGGACGAUGACAACGACUGGCUAGCAGAUGUCGUCUGUGUGAAACCUGAACCUAAAAAGAAUAAAAUUUCACUCGAGGAGACAGUACUGGCUGAAAUAGAUCGCUAUAUGUCUACAGAGCAAACGACCACUCCGCCAUUACAGUGGUGGAAGAAUCGAGAGGCAAUGUACCCAAUAUUGUCGAGGUUAGUUAAGAAAUAUAUGUGUAUCUCGGCCACAAACGAACAGUACGACAGAACAGUCAGUUCAGACCUUCAACAAAAAGCCUGGUUUAACCAGCGUGCCAUGUUACCACGGGACUGUGUGGACAUGAUGGUGUUUCUCAACAAAAAUUUCUUUAAAUUCUAACUAUGAUGGGAAAUUGACAUUGUUCUAUCUCUGUGGCUUUUAUUAUGCAUGUUUUGAUAACAUGUAAAGGUUUUCGAUUUGUUUGACGAAAGCUCAGAUGGAAUAUAAAACAAACCAAAUUCGACUGCAAUUUAGCAGUUUGAGAAGUCCUGGCAAGCAUUUAGUUCUUAAGAUUGAUGUUUCAUUAAUGUGAUCAUGAUAAUUGAUACCUGUAAAAUGUUAGAAUAUAAUCCUUUUCAUUCAAGAGCUUUGUUUGUUUGUGUGAAUGCGUAUAAAAUGUUGCCUUUUUUGUUUAAAAAAACUUAUCGUUUCCGAAAAGAUGGAGACAACAAACACGGUUUACGUUGUGUUAACAGUCAAAGCAGUCCAAUUUUUUUCUAUAAAAUUCUACCGAUCUUUCCUUGUAUAUGAUUUAAUCCAGUUUAUCAUACCAUGUAUAUUGUCUUGUGUACAUGUAAGUUGUCCAUAGUCCUGAUUUAUCUUAUCUUUUUUACUGGUGCACUAGUAAACGGUAUUCUUAUUACACUGUUAUUUGCUAACGUAAAUUGUGAUCUAUCUCGAAUACAAUGUAAUUUUACUUAUGUACAUUGUAAGUUAGCUUGCAUGUACUGUAAUUACCUUAAGUAUAAUUUGAUUUGUCAACAUUUAUUAUACAGUAUACUAUAAUUUAUCGGAUGUAUACUGUGGUUUACCCUUGGAAUACUGUAUUUACCCUGGAUAUACUGUAAUCUAUCUUUCAUAUAUUGCAAUCUAUAUAAAGUCUACAGUGAUUGAUCUUGUGUGUACUGUAAAUUAACUUACA